UCAUAUGGCACUAUUUAUCUUCUCUGUACGACCCAAGGAGUAUCAUCACAGUUGUUAGCCUCUUGAAGUGAAAAAAGUGUGAUGUCGCUAAAGGCGUACACUUAACUGGCCAUUCUCGGUGGAAUGUACUGUUUCUAUUGAGACACCACGGGUUUGAGGCUUCCCUCCCAUGCUUAGAUGCAUAAAAGGAACCCAGGAGAAGGUAUCUUGGUUUGUUUAUUGGGAGAUUAAAUUUUCCGUUUUAGAAUGUAUUAUACUUUCCAUGUAACUUGGUUUGUUUAUUGGGUUUGUUAUUGUGUUUGUUUACUGUGGAUUGGAAAUAUAUUAAGAUGAGACUGAAGGCUCUUGCUUGAGUCAUGAAAAAAAUUUGACCUUCAUCAAUUAUUCGUAUUUUAGGUAGGUGCAUAAAUUAGGAUGAGUGGUUAGUCUUGAACCUGCAUUUUCAUCCAGAUGCAGGUUCCAGUACUACACAAGUCCCUUAUUGCCACUGUUUUGAAGAAAAUUCAGUGUUAGGGAAAGAAUUAACUAGAACUGUGUUUUCCACUCUUCUUCUUUCUUCUCCUUAGUAAUGGCCUGAGUUGGGCAUAUAGAUGUUCAAUUUAUAUAGUUGUACAUGGGCAUAUAGAUGUUCAAUUUAUAUAGUUGUACUUGAGCAUUUCAUUUGGUCCGAUGUCUUGAUUUCUUAGUACUUAAUUACUUUCUUAAGUUUGCCUUUAUGUAUCCUAAUGGAUUACUGUUGCAUUUUAUCCAUGGCGGGUCAAUCUGGAGUCAUUUCUCUUGGAUGUUUGGCUAUGUUCUUGAAGCGUUUCUUAUCUCGGUAACGUAUAAUGCUCCUGCUGCUGCAACUUUUUGUAGGAAUUUGUAGUGUUUACAAAUCUUGCUUGGGUGGUUGACUUCCUACAAUUUCGACUGAUUUCAUGAUAUUCGUUAUGAUGUCCUUAAAUAAGUUAAGGCCACUAGAUGAUUAACAAUAGUUGUGCCGUGCAACUCUCUUGGAAUCUUCAACAACCAUGCUGGAGUAAAAUAAGCCCUCUUUAGUCCAUAGCAUGAUAUUGAAUGCUAUAGUUUUACACGGAAAAUUAUUUUCUACAAUUUCUAUUGAUUUCAUGAUAUUCGUUAUGAUGUCCUUAAAUAAGUUAAGGCCAUUAGACGAUUAACAAUAGUUGUGCUGUGCUACUCUCUUGGAAUCUUCAACAACCAUGCCGGAGUGAAAUAAGCUCUCUAUAGUCCAUACCAUGAUAUUGUGAAUGCCGUAGUUUUACAUGAAAAAUUAUUUCUCCCUUUCUACAAUAAUUGAUAUAUUUCUAAGAAAAGUGAUUUUAAAAAGAAUGGCAUUUAAAAUCAAAUAUAUGUAUUAUUUGAACAGUACCCUCUAAUUAAUAUUUGAGUCAUCACUUUUAAGUUAUUAUUAUCAAUUAUAUAUUUAUAUUUAUGGUAGUGGCUAAUACAAUAAUACUUGGUAAUUGCCGGUUGGGUUAGAUGGGUGCAAACUGUUGGUCCGGGUUCAACUUUUGGCAGCGACAUUUAUUUGUAUUUCUUUGUAAGUAUAAACAGAUUGUUGAUAUUUAUUAAUUAACAACUUUAAAGAUAAAAAAUUACAAUAACACUUGGUAAAGAUAAGUAAAACUAUUUUUCUUUUUUAUAAUAAAGGAAAAAAAAGAAUCAAUGUUUUAUUCAAAUUUUCAUAUUAACUAUUGGUACAAAUAUUUCAUCAUGACUAUAAGAUUUUUUUUAUAUUCUCUUCGUAUUGCUGCGCACAUCUCAUCCAAUUUUUGAAUUCUAACAAAUUUUGAAUGCUUACAUUUUACAUUUAAUUAUUUUUACACACUUUUAGUUUGAACAUUUUAAUUUUGAGUUCUUAGUGUGAUAGGGUUUUUAACUUUUUAUUGUUCUUUUGUUUUUUUUAUCACUGGGUAUUUUAUUUUAGUACUUGUCAGAUUAGACAAUAAUAAAAUUGGACAUUGAAAAUACAUAUUUUAGUUUUUAUUUUAAGAGAUUAAAAUUAAUUAAUCAACAUAUUAUAUAUAACAAAAAGCCAAAACAAACUAACAUAAAGUAAAAAGCAUAAAGUUUUAUAUUAGUAUGUAAAAUAAAAAUGAAAAUAUUUUCCAUUUUUGAAAACUCUAGAUAUUUGUAGGAAUUAUUUAUGUAUGCAACUUUAAUUUUAAACAUUGAGGACCGAUUUUCUUAUUUGAUACUAUCAGUAGUUCGAUAUUUUAGUUUAAGUUCAUUGUUACUGAUCGUACCUGAUCAGAAGAAUCGUCAAGGCAGCAGAAUCUGGCUUGGAGAGCAAGAUGGGGGGGGUACCUGCAAGGUUCUCCGAUGCUUAAGUUAGUAGCUAUCAGAGAAUGAGGGUUGAGAGUGAAGAAUAGAAUACCUGACCCUCUAGUGAAAGAGGGUAUUUAUAGUCCCCAACGCUGGGCCAAGGUUCCCUAAUUGGGCCAAAUCCAACUGGAGGCCCACGUGCUAGGGAACUGCCAGAACGUCCCAUGCUAGGGCUGAGUCAGCAGGAGACUUACGUUCCGGAUGAUCAUAGCGUAGGGUUCGGAGGUGGUUGACCGAGUUCCCCGCUGCGUGACGCGUGGUCUUCGCGCGUGGAUAACUCCUUGACGGUUAUCCAGUAAAUGGGCCCAAUGAAUUGGGCCUGCUCGGCUAGUGAGAGGAGCUGGGUCUGCUCGGCCCAGGCCAGAACAGGAGCCCCCCAAGUCAUUAGUCUUAUGAGAGUGAUGACUUUAGCCAAGAGGCUGGCCGAGCAAGAGCACGAAUGUUGGUCGUCAAUUGGGAUCUCGUCGUACGACUACGUCUGCGAGGGAAAAGGUUGCUGCUGGGGAUAAGAGCCAAGGGUGGUCGGAUGGUGUCCUCGAAGACCCGUCGAGGAGAUGGCUGUCCCUUGGUUUCCUCUUGGCAUGCUUGGUUGCUGCUUGUCAGAGUGUGGCUGACAGGUGGCAGUUUUGGAGAGUGUCAUCAUUGCAGCGCCGUUUUUGGGUAUAAAUGCAGACUGCGCCGUUUGGGGUUUCCAAAGUUGUUUCGUGACGUGGCACCCUUUCGUGGAUGGAGCUGCCUUGGGGGUGUAAUCAAUGAUGGCGUCUCCUAGGCUGCCUAGGCUAUCAUGACACCCUUUGGCCUCCUUUCCCUAUAUAAAGAGCGAGAAGACCAUUCAUUUGUCACUUAACAUUUUGCAAACCUACAAGACUCGCUCACAGCUCUCCUCUUCGUCUCGCACUUCUUUCUUCUGCUACUUCAAGUAAGUUCCUCGUCUCCUCCUUGCUUUUAUUUGAGUUUUAUGUUUUAGCUUCGAGUGCGGCGGGCAGGAUUGAUGAGUGCGUCGAGCAAGCUUCAUGAGUUUGCCGAGUAGUCGUAGGAGAUCGUAAUUUCUUUCAUGUGUUUGCCGAGUAAGAUUUGAGUGAGCGGGACAGGAAUAGUUGAAUUAGACGUCCAUGUUUUAGAUUUAAUAGUGAACAAUUUGCGUGAGACGAGCGAAGGAGGCGGCCUGCCUCAGUUAGGGUGUGAGUUUGUCGGGGAGCUAGAUGCACCUGCCGUCCAUCGCCGUACGUGGCGGCUUUACUUUGCGGGUGCUUCUAAUUUAGCUCGUCGUUGUCCGAGGGGGGUGGAAUUCUCUCCUCGCCUCUUUUCCUCGCCCUUUCACUUGACUUGCGGUGGAAGGGUGGAUUUGACCAGUCGAAUUCACUGUUUCCUCUGCUUUUCAGGUAAAUGGCCGACGAGAACAAAGACGAUGUCGUCUUCGACAUAUCAGACGGGGAUGAAGCUGUUGGUUGCUCGCAGGAUGAGGGUGUUCCCGUCGUCGAGACUUCCCCGAGGAAACUUGAGGAAUGGGUGGCCGUUGCUCCGAGGACGAUUGCAUCGCGCUUCACGAGCUGUCCCAAGGAAGCCUUUAACGUCAUCGAGGACCUUGGCCAAGACGAGGAGCCUUCUUGGGGCGCCUUCGUGCCCAAAUCUCACCAGAGAAUCUGCUCGCAAUUCCCCGGUCCCCGUUUCGCUAUGUAUGAGUUCGUCUUUAAGGAGGCUGGUCUCCGUCUCCCCUUCACUCAUUUGCAACGGAGUGUCUUCAGUUGGUUGCGCCUGUGCCCGUCUCAGCUUCACCCCAACGCUUUAGCGUUCUUAAGGGCCUUUGAGGUCGUAUGCGGGUACUUGGAGGUCGAAGCGACUCUGCCUCUUUUCUUCAGAGUGUUUCAUUUGCAGAGGUUGCGUAAUCCGGACGACAAGUGGAGUUGGGUGUCCUUUAAGCAGCCGAAGAAGCUGUUCGCCAUUUACCAGGACUCGAUCAAGCAUUUCAAGAGUCGGUAUUUUAUAAUUAAGCUGCUCACUCAUGAUGCCGAGAAUCAUCUGUUCGAGGAGCGCGAGUAUAUUGAGGAUGGGGUGAGGACAGUGGGCCCAGCUGCUCGGUUCCCGUUAGAGUGGCAACCCGACCAUUUCGAGCAUGGGACUGACUAUUACAUCUUCUGGGACGAGGAUCUCAAUGAGCGCGAUACGGGGGGGUAUCAACGGCUCGCUUCUUUCGUGGACGGGUUUAGACCAGCAGUAUGUACCUAUCCCAACGGGGAUCCCUUAGUCGAGGAAGAUGGAGGUCCUAUGCUGGAGCCUCGACAUAUCAACACAAAAGCCAUCCUCGAGUGUGGGAGUUACGGGGAUGCGAUAAUUUUGUUAGGUGAGAUAACUAUUUCCUGUUCGAAUAAUAUCCUUUCGGUUCUAACUCUUUAUUUUGCAGGAAAAAUGGCCGACCUGCAUGACAAGAUUGUGAAGAUGAGGGCAAAGAACAAGGGGCCCAUCAAGCUGACCGUGAAGCGAUCUCGGGUAGAGGAGGUCAAGGCGGCUGUUGCGGGUGCGCCUGACGGUGGCUCCCCUUCAUCGGUUGGGACGACUUCGGGGAGUUCUCCGGCCGGGAAAAAACAAAAGAACGAGGGGACUCCCGAACUCCGCCCCCUUAUCAAUGACAACCCGUCCGAGGAGGACAUUGUGCUGCCCUCAUGUACUCUGCACAGGGGGAUCUUCUCCAAGAGGAAUGUUUUGCUGGAGCGCGAGGAGGUGAGGCAUAUAGUCAGGCGUGAUCGGACGGUCCGGGAUAAGGACUUGUCCGAGGAUCUUGAAGGAAUGAUGAGGGUGGCCGCCUUGGCCUUGGCCCUCAAUGCCCAAAGAGUCUGCCCCCAGAAGGACUAUGAUGCUCUGCAGACCAAGUAUGAUGAGCUGGAGCACGAGUUCGAACAGUACAAGGAUAAGUACGAGGUUCAGAGCAGCAUCGUCGAAGACCUCUGCAAAGAGCGGAACAAAGUCAGGGAUUUGGAGGCCGAGGGGGAAAGGCUCCGUGAGCGAAUUGCCGAGCUAGAGAGGUCUCAUCUCCCUGCUGCCGAGGAGGAUGAGGACGAGAAAGCUUUGGUGACCCGCUCCCAGCUUCUGGGCAAGGUGAGGGAGCUGGAGGUUGACUGUGUUGCUACUCUGGGGGUUGGAUUUAAAGCCGCAGUGGAUCAGCUGAAAGUCCUCAGUCCGCGCUUGGUGACGAAGGGCAUCGGUCUGUACAACAAAGUUGUGGACGGUCGGAUUGAGUCCAAUCCGCAGUUCGAGGACUGGGAAGAUGAACAGGAGCCCCAGGGUGAGGACGACGGUGCCGAGGAGGAUGAUUGUGAUGUCUAGACAAUUUCUUGAUAGUGGCCUGCGUGCCCGCCGUUUUGUGGCCUGCGUGCCCAUGUUUUGUGGCCUGCGUGCCAAUGUAGUUAGUUGGGCGAUGCCCGGAUAGUUUUUGUAAUAUUUGGAUAUCCCCGGCCAGUUUGGUCGGUUUUCAAUAUUGUUCUGCGUUUUAUGUUCCAAUAUUUAUGCUUAUCUGUUAAUCGAAUAUUUAUGUUUGUGCUCGGCCGAGGUUUAUGGCCCGGGCGUGUGGGAAACGGUCCGGGUGCGCAGAGCAGGUGUGCGCUAUAAGCGAGCUCGAGGCCGCGGUCGGGGCCAGGUGCUCGCGGCGUGAACGAUCCCAUCGCGAGCUGGGGUUCUGCCGUGCAGGUACUUCCGCGGAGGGUCUGUGUGUAGGGCCCGCCGCGUAGUCGGCUUUGCCUCUUGGUAGGGUUAUCCGACUGAAGCUGUCGUGGAGCGUACGCGCUUGUACCAUGGCGCGAGUCCUUGCCCAGCUUUCCUCGUGUUUGUUACGAGCUGCCGGGCAGCGUUAGGUUGUUUCUAACUGUAAUAGCGUCUGAGUUUUUCAGCGUUCCAAGGUCGAGCAAGUUUUUCGCCGAGAAGGUUUUCGAGGUAAUAUGCCCCGUUUUCGGUUUUAUCGUAUACUCGAUACGGACCUUCCCAGUUCGGGGCUAGUUUGCCCUCGCGCGAAUCUUUCAUGUUUCUGCGGAGGACCAAGUCUCCAAUUUCGAACCCGCGUUUGAUAACUUUAGUGCUAUGGCGUAAGGCUAUUUGUUGUUUCAGUUUCGCUUCUCGGAGGGAGGAUCCUGUCCGGAUUUCCUCGACCAUGUCGAGCUCUUCUCUCAUAGCUUCGUCAUUGAGUUCCUCUUCGAGAGGUGACUCAGUUCGACGAGAUGGUUCUCGGAUCUCUACGGGGAUCACGGCUUCAGUGCCGUAGGUUAACCUGAACGGUGUUUCGCCUGUGGUCGAGUGUGGGGUCGUUCUGUACGCCCAGAGGACGCUGUGUAACUCUUCGACCCAAGCCCUUUUUGCCUCGCCCAACCUUCUCUUCAGUCCACGAGAAUGACCCGGUUGGCGGCUUCAGCUUGUCCGUUCGUUUGAGGGUGUUCGACCGAAGUGAAGUGUUGUUUCGUCCCGAGUUUGGUUACGAACUCCUGGAAUUUUUUGUCCGUGAAUUGGGUGCCGUUAUCGGUAAUGAUCGCCUGUGGCACCCCAAACCGGGCGAGUAUGUUCCGCUUAUAAAAGCGGAGUACGUUUUGGGACGUGAUUUUGGCGAGCGCUUCGGCUUCUAUCCAUUUCGUGAAGUAAUCCACAGCGACCACUAGGUAUUUAUUUUGGUAAGACCCGACCGGGAAAGGUCCGAGGAGGUCCAUUCCCCAUGUGGAGAAAGGCCAAGGCGAGGAGAGAGAUUUGAGCUCGUUCGGGGGCGCCAGGUGCAUGUCAGCGUGUCGCUGACAUUUAUCGCAUUUCUGGACGUAUUCUUUGGCAUCUUGCUGCAUGGUCGGCCAAUAGUAGCCGGCCCUGAGGGCUUUCCUCGCCAGUGAUCGUCCGCCGAGGUGUUGGCCAUUGAUUCCUUCGUGAAGCUCUUGGAGUACCUCAAGUGCUUGUGAGGCGUCGACGCAUUUGAGGAGAGGGAUGGAGAAGCCUCGUCGGUACAGUUUGUGUUCGAGGAUAGUAUACGAACAGGCUCGUCUUUUAAUCGCCGAGGCUUUCUUUGCCUCAGCGGGGAGUUCGUCUUUCGUGAGGAAGUUAUAUAUUGGGGUCAUCCAGCAGUGGUCGUCCCCGAUAGCGAAUAUUUGUGGAGCCCGCGCGUUUUCGCCUAUGCUUGGCCUGGGUAGGAUUUCUUGGAUGACCGACUUGUUUCCUCCUUUCUUUCUCGUGCUCGCAAGUUUGGAUAACACAUCGGCGCGCGAGUUGUGUUCUCGGGGGAUAUGCUCGACUUCUGCUUUGAUGAAUUUUUUCAUCUUGUCCUUGACGAGCAUGAGGUACUCGGCGAGUACGUCGUUUUUGGCUUGGUAAUCGCCGCUGAUGUGGGAUGCGACGAGUUGGGAGUCUGUGUAGAUCUUGACCUCGCGCGCGCCCACAUCCUCGGCAAGUCUCAGACCUGCAAGGAGGGCUUCAUAUUCGGCCUGGUUGUUCGACGUGUUGAAAGAUAGGACUAAAGAUACUUCGAUGAUGAGUCCUUCAUCGUUUUCUAGGAUAAUUCCUGCCCCGCUUCCUGAAUUGCUUGAGGCGCCAUCUACGUAAAUGGUCCAUUUGUUCUUGGUCGGAUCCGGGGAGUCGGCCAUCGAGGUCAUCUCUGCCACGAAGUCUGCCAAAUCCUGAGCUUUAAAUGCCUUCCUGUUUUCGUACUGUAUGUCGAACUCCGAUAGCUCGAGGGACCACCUCAGCAUCCUGCCUGCCAUAUCUGGUCGGCUGAGGAGUUGCUUGAUGGGUUGAUCUGUUCGGACGAAGAUGGUGUGGGCGAGGAAAUAGUACCGCAGCCUUCUGGCCGCUAUUACUAGGGCCAUGGCGACUUUCUCGAUCUGUUGGUAUCGCACCUCGGGGCCUUGCAGGGCUUUGCUGGUGAAAUAUACGGGCUUUUGCCCGCUUUCGUUUUCUUGGAUCAAAGCCGCGCUGACUGCCUCGUUUGAAACAGCUAAGUACAGGCAUAGAGGCUCGUUGUUAUCGGGUCGAGAAAGGACGGGCGGUUUGGAGAGCACUUGUUUGAGGUGUGAAAGUGCUCGCUCGCAUUCCUCAGACCAUUCAAAGGUCGCUUCUUUUCGUAGUAGUUUAAAGAAAGGGAGUGCGUGUUGGGCGGAUUUUGCGACGAAACGCGAUAGUGCGGUGAGCAUCCCGUUCAAGACUUGGAUGGAUUUUUUAUUGUUAGGAGUGGGUAGUUCGGAGAAUGCUCGGCAUUUGUCCGGGUUGGCUUCUAUUCCUCGUUCGGUCAAGUAGAAACCGAGGAAUUUGCCUACGCGGACGCCGAAAGUACACUUCUCCGGGUUGAAGCGCAUCUUGCAGGAUCUGGCCCGCUCGAACACCCGCUCGAGAUGUGAGGUGUGGUCGGCGUCCUCUCGAGAUUUGACGAUCAUGUCGUCCAUAUAUACCUCGAGGGUGUCGCCGAUCUCUCCUCGGAAAACUUUGUUCAUCAUCCGUUGAUACGUGGACCCAGCGUUUUUGAGGCCGAAUGGCAUUACGUUGUAGUAAUAGUUGCCCGACUCCGUCAUAAACGCUGUGCACUGCUUGUCGCUCCUCGUCAUGGGGAUUUGGUUGUAACCUGAAUAAGCAUCCAUAAAAGACAAUAGUUUAUAGCCGGCCGAGUCGUCGACCAGUCUAUCAAUGUUAGGUAAAGGAUAGGCGUCCUUUGGACAUGCCCGGUUAAGAUCGGUAUAAUUAACACACAUUCUCCAUUUUCCAUUAGAUUUUUUAACAAGUACAACGUUUGAGAGCCAAGUAGAAUAUUUGGCCUCGGAAAUAAAAUUUGCCUCUAGGAGGUCUUUUACAGCUUUCUCGGCAGCCUCCGCUUUCUCGGGAGACUGCCGACGCCUACGUUGAACUACGGCCUUCGCGGCUGGAUUGAUGGAGAGGUGGUGGCAGGCGACCUCGGGGUCGAGUCCGGGCAUUUCUGCGGCGCUCCAGGCGAACAA